AUGGUGCUGCAAGAACUGAAGAAGACCUCCAAGAGCAGAAAGUGCUACUUCAGGAGCAAAGGAAAGGCCCUUGGCUCCGGUGCCUAUGGAAGGGCUCGCAUGGCCUACAAACGCCACAGCAAAGACAAGUCCCCCUACGUCGUCAAGGAGUUCUUCAAGCCAUCCCACGUCUCCAAAAGGGUACUGCAUCAUCGGAUCCGUCACGAGUACACCAUCACCCGACGGGCUCGCCAUCCCAACGUCGUCAGUGUCGUCGACCUCUGCACCAAGCAGGGCGACCUAGGCUAUGUCAUGGAGUACUGUGACCAAGGUGACCUCGGCGACCUCAUCAACAAGCGAGUCCUCCCCUCCCAGGAACAGCUCUGUCUUUUCAAGCAGCUCCUACGUGGCGUCGCCAACCUCCACAGCCAAGGGACCGCCCAUCUCGACAUCAAACCCGAGAACCUGCUCAUCACCAGCGACAGCGUCCUCAAGAUCGCCGAUUUCGGUGCCUGUCACGUCUUCCGAGACCCCAACAUGGGCCCCAAGCACUUCGUCAAGUGCACUGGCGGCGACCUCUUCGGGACCCUGGCCUACCUGCCACCCGAAGUCUUCUACCACGGCAUCGAGUACGAUCCCCGCAAAGUCGACGUCUGGUGCUGUGCCAACGUCGCGCUGUCCAUGCUGGGCAUGCCGUUUCCCUGGGAAUCAGCGACCGAGAAUGACACGGUGUACAAGCUGUUCGUCGAGAGCUGGCGAACAUUCAUGCGUGUCGACCCGACCCGCGCCAUCGAUGGGAACAAUUACCCCGAUUGUGGCGGGUUGACGGAUCUCACCCGCUACCCGUGCAUUCAGAUGAUGGUCCUGCUCCUCAAGAUGUUGAAUCCCAACCCGCGGAACAGAAUCACCAUCCAUCAGGCCUUGAAUGAUCCGUUCGUCAAGGAUGUUGAAUGCUGCUCGCUGACUUAUUAUCCGACUGGGCCUCAUCCCCGCCCGAUCAUUCAACACGACCAUCGGAUCGUGUCUGGCUCGGAGGACUCGACUAGGCACGUCGAUGCGCCGCUGUCGGCCGUCAAUAGAUAG